AUGGAGUGGGAAGGGCCGCCCAAGCAAGGCUUGUACGACCCUCAAAACGAGCACGAGGCCUGCGGUGUUGGUUUUGUUGUUGCUAUUGACGGAAAGCGUACCCAUAAAAUCGUUCGAGAUGCUGAGACUCUCGCUAAGCGUAUGGAGCACCGUGGCGCUUGUGCCUGCGACAAUGACACCGGAGAUGGUGCUGGAGUGCUAACUGCCAUUCCGCAUCAGUUCUACUGCGCCCAGUUGCGAGAUUCCCAUCAAAUUGACCUACCGCCUUUUGGCAAAUAUGCCACUGGCAUCUUCUUUUUGGACAAGCUUCACCACCAGGACAUCGAAGCCAAGUUUAAAGAACUGGCCGAAGGUCUUGGCCUAAGAGUCCUUUGCUGGAGAACUGUGCCGACUAAUAACUCUACCAUCGGUCAAGUGGCCCGUAACUCGGAGCCCUAUAUGCGCCAAGUGUUUGUCACUGGCGAUUUUGACGACGAGCUACACCUCUCCCGUCAGAUUUUCGUGCUGCGGAAGCGCGCGACGCACGAGCUGGUCGUGCCUGGUGCUCGAUUCUAUAUCUGCAGUCUCUCGCUGAAGACCGUUGUGUAUAAGGGGUUGCUUACAUCCAACCAGCUAUGGGAGUACUUCAAGGAUCUGUGCAACCCAGCCUUCACAACAUAUUUGGCGCUGGUUCACACCAGGUUCUCUACGAACACCUUCCCCAGUUGGGAGAGAGCGCAUCCUUUGAGAGUCCUCGCGCACAAUGGAGAGAUAAAUACGUUGCGAGGUAACGUGAACCUGAUGAAGGCCCGCGAAGGUGUCAUGAAGAGUAACAGCUUUGGCGAUGAUUUGAAGAAGCUCUACCCAGUAGUAGAACCGAAUCUAUCUGACUCCGGAUCAGCUGAUUGUGUCCUGGAGUUCCUCCUCCACUGCGGAAAUCGCACAUUACCAGAAGCUGUGAUGACGAUGGUGCCUGAAGCGUGGCAUAAUGACCAGACUAUGGUGAAGGAGAAAAGGGACUACUAUAUGUGGGCUUCCUGCGCGAUGGAGCCGUGGGAUGGACCAGCUCUGAUCUCCUUCACUGAUGGAAGAUACAUCGGCGCCAUCUUGGACCGUAACGGACUGCGUCCGUCACGUUUCUACGUUACCAAUGAGAACGUUCUAGUAAUGGCAUCCGAAGUCGGUGUUUACGAUGUUGAUCCUGAGAAAGUUAUACUCAAGAGCCGUCUGAAGCCUGGCCGUAUGUUGUUAGUGGACACAGAAGAUAAGAGGAUCAUUCAAGAUGUGGAACUCAAAAUGGAAAUUGCUCGCAGUCGACCACAUUCACAGUGGCUGCAAGAGAAGAUAACUUUAGAAGAUAUCCACAAGUCGAUUCCACAACAAAAUGGAUCCUUGAAUGGCUCGCUCCAUGAACCGAUAUCAGGACUGUCUGAUAAACGUCUUGGACUCUUCGGCUACACUAUUGAGUCUAUCAAUAUGUUGCUGCUACCAAUGAUACAGAAUAAGAAAGAAGCUUUAGGCAGUAUGGGAAACGACGCUCCUUUAGCUUGCCUAUCACAGUUCCAACCUUUGCCGUAUGAAUAUUUCAAGCAGCUGUUCGCACAAGUCACCAAUCCACCCAUUGACCCAUUCAGAGAGAAAAUAGUGAUGUCCCUCAUGUGUCCGAUUGGUCCGACGGCAAACAUUCUGGAGCCAAGCGCUGAUUUCGUACACCGACUGUUUCUGCCUCAGCCAAUUCUUUCUAUACCCGACUGCGAAGCUCUGAAAAAGAGUAACUUUCGGGGAUGGAAGACUAAACAGUGGCUGGCUUACCAGCUGAUAGUGCUAUCAGAACGAUCUGCUGGACCAACCAGAGUUCCAGUUAGCUCGCUUCUCUCUCUCGGUGCUGUACAUCACCAUUUGAUCGAAACCCGACAGCGUAUGAAAGUGGGAAUCAUUGUGGAAACGGCUGAAGCAAGAGAAGUGCACCACAUGUGCGUCUUACUUGGUUACGGCGCUGACGCCAUAUGUCCAUACUUAGCCUUUGAACUGGCGUUUUCACUGCGAAACGACAACAUAAUAGACCCGACACUGACAGACUUGGACAUAUACACUGCGUACCAGAAGGCCAUUGAGACCGGCUUGGCUAAAGUCAUGGCUAAGAUGGGUAUAAGCACGCUCCAGUCGUACAAGAGUGCGCAGAUCUUCGAAGCUGUUGGGAUGAGCGAGGAAGUGGUGGAUAAGUGCUUUAGAGGGACACAGUCUAGAAUUGGUGGAGUCACUUUCGAGAUUCUAUCAAAGGAGAUAUUCGACAGACACGCUCUUACAUAUGGCGACUGUACGGACAUGCUCGCUCUUACUAUGGGACUAAACCCUGGCUACUACCACUGGCGUGCUGGUGGUGAGAAGCAUAUCAACGAUCCAAUGUCGAUCGCAAAUCUUCAAGAAGCUGCUACCAACAAGAGCCAGUCUGGAUACGAUCGUUUCAAAGAGAGCGCAUUAGAAUCGGUGCGUGCUUGUACUUUGAGAGGACAGUUGGAGCUCGUGAAACUAGAUGAACCAAUCCCUAUAUCUGAAGUGGAAACUGCUUCGGAAAUUGUCAAGAGAUUUGCUACGGGCGCCAUGUCCUUCGGUUCUAUCUCUCUGGAAGCACACUCAACUCUCGCUGUAGCGAUGAACCGCAUCGGUGGAAAGUCGAAUACUGGGGAAGGUGGUGAAAAUGCCGAUAGAUAUCUAAAUCAGGACCCAGAAUUCAACAGGCGUUCAGCUAUCAAGCAAGUUGCGUCAGGACGAUUCGGUGUAACUGCUUCUUACUUGGCUCACGCAGAUGAUUUACAGAUUAAAAUGGCGCAAGGGGCCAAGCCUGGUGAGGGGGGAGAAUUGCCAGGGUACAAAGUAACUGAGGACAUUGCACGCACACGUUGUUCAGUCGCUGGGGUAGGGCUGAUCUCACCUCCACCCCACCACGACAUCUACUCGAUAGAGGACUUAGCUGAACUUAUUUACGACCUGAAAUGUGCCAACCCUAGAGCCCGUAUAUCUGUUAAGCUUGUGUCUGAGGUGGGAGUGGGUGUUGUUGCUUCAGGGGUCGCUAAGGGUAAAGCCGAGCACAUAGUGAUUUCUGGCCACGAUGGUGGUACUGGCGCCAGUUCCUGGACUGGAAUCAAGAGUGCUGGGCUACCAUGGGAGCUGGGAAUUGCGGAAACGCAUCAAGUGCUCGUGCUAAAUGACCUAAGGUCCAGGGUGGUAGUUCAAGCGGAUGGACAAAUCCGUACCGGCUUCGACGUGAUGGUAGCCGCGUUGCUUGGUGCUGAUGAGUUUGGCUUCAGUACUGCUCCCCUUAUUGCGCUUGGUUGCACAAUGAUGCGUAAAUGCCAUCUAAACACUUGCCCCGUGGGUAUCGCAACUCAGGACCCCGUGCUCAGGAAGAAGUUCGCCGGAAAGCCGGAACAUGUCAUUAAUUACCUCUUCAUGUUGGCUGAAGAGGUCCGGGAACAUAUGGCAGCUGUUGGUGUACGUCGAUUCCAAGAGUUGAUAGGAAGAACCGAUUUGCUCAAAGUUCGUGAAAAUAACGACAACCAUAAGGCCAGGGCUCUCAACCUCAGUUUGAUCCUGAAGAACGCGUUGCACAUGAGACCUGGUGUCAAUAUUGUUGGUGGUUCUAAGUCACAGGACUUCCAGCUUGAAAAACGUCUGGAUAACCAGAUAAUUCAGCAGUGUGCUGGCAUUUUGGACGGCACUCAGAAGCACGUAGACAUCUCCAUGAAGAUCACGAAUGAGGAUCGAGCAUUUACUUCUACUUUCUCCUACCAUAUUGCAAUGAAAUACAGUGACCACGGUCUACCAGAUGGCACUACAGUCAACAUUUCGUUGACUGGCUCUGCGGGUCAGAGUUUCUGCGCAUUUCUCUCUAAGGGCGUUACUGUCACGCUAGAGGGAGACUCGAACGAUUACGUCGGUAAGGGACUCUGUGGUGGGACAGUGAUAAUCUACCCUCCAAAGAAUUCUCCAUUCGAGUCCCACUUGAACGUGAUUGUGGGUAAUGUCUGUCUGUACGGUGCAACUUCCGGAAGAGCGUACUUCAGGGGUAUAGCGUCUGAACGGUUCUGUGUCCGGAACUCCGGCUGCGUGGCCGUAGUGGAGGGGGUGGGUGACCAUGGCUGCGAGUAUAUGACUGGAGGUACCGUACUGGUCUUAGGACUGACUGGAAGGAACUUCGCAGCUGGCAUGAGCGGGGGUGUCGCAUAUGUCAACGACGUAGAUGGCUCUUUCAAGGGCAAGUGUAACCCAGAAAUGGUAGAACUGUUACCACUUGAAAAGCAAGAUGACCUUGAUAUCGUAAAGACACUACUGGAAGAAUUCGUCGAAUAUACUGGGUCAUUGAUCGCCAAGGAACUGCUAGAAACAUGGCCGGAACCAGCCCAUAAGUUCGUCAAAGUAUUCCCAUACGAAUACCAGAGGGCGCUGAAACAACUCGCUUUGAAACAGCCGUCUCCACCGAAACUGGAGGCUAAUGGAAAACUAGAGGAGAACGGUCUCGUUGAUAUAGAGGAAGCUGUUAGAGACAUUGAAAAGGAUAAGAAAAAUCUCGAGAAGAUUCUGGAUAAGACGAGGGGCUUCAUCAAAUACCCACGUGAAACAUCGAUGUAUCGUCCCGCAGAAAAGCGCUUACGGGACUGGGACGAGAUAUACAAUUUUGCCCAUGUGCGUCGCGGCUUACGCGUCCAAGCUGCUCGCUGUAUGGAGUGUGGCGUUCCCUUCUGUCAAAGUCAGCACGGAUGUCCCCUCGGGAAUAUUAUUCCAAAAUGGAACGACCUUAUAUAUAGAGCUGAUUGGAAACAAGCGCUUGCGCAUCUAUUACAGACGAAUAACUUCCCUGAAUUCACUGGACGCGUCUGUCCCGCGCCGUGCGAGGGCGCCUGUGUGCUUGGUAUUUCGGAACCACCAGUGACCAUCAAGAACAUCGAAUGUGCCAUCAUCGACCACGCCUUUGACAGCGGCUGGAUACAACCAGAGAUUCCAACAAACCGUAACGGCAAAACGGCAGCGGUGGUGGGUUCUGGACCGGCCGGUUUAGCAUGUGCGCACCAACUAAACAAGGCCGGCUACACAGUAACAGUCUUCGAGCGUAACGACCGUCCGGGUGGACUGCUGCAGUACGGCAUACCCAGCAUGAAGCUGAGCAAGGAGGUCGUAGCCAGGAGGAUUAAAUUGAUGGCAGCCGAAGGAAUCUCUUUCAAAUGCAACGUGGACGUCGGAAAGGAUAUAUCUGGUGCUGAAUUAGCUAACGAAUACGACGCUGUGGUCCUUUGCAUGGGUGCAACAUGGCCACGCGACCUGCCCCUCAAAGGCCGGCAACUAAACGGCAUCCACUUCGCGAUGGAGUUCCUCGAGGGCUGGCAGAAGAAGCAGGCUGGGCCUACCCAGCAUCACGCGAAAAGCACGCAACAUAUCUCUGCUAAGGACAAGAAUGUUCUAGUCAUUGGGGGUGGUGAUACUGGGUGCGACUGUAUAGCGACAUCUCUGAGACAAGGCGCGAAAUCAAUCACGACCUUCGAAAUCCUACCGGAGCCGAAGAAUUCACGUGGACAGGACAACCCCUGGCCACAGUGGCCGAGAGUUUUUAGGGUGGACUACGGACACGAGGAGGUGAAAGUGAAGUUCGGAAACGACCCGAGAAGGUUUUCCACCCUCACUAAAGAGUUCCUUGAUGAUGGCGAAGGCAAUGUUUGUGGCGUAUCUGCUGUGGAGGUCGAAUGGACCCGAGGGGCUGGUGGUCGUUGGGACAUGAAGGAGAUUCCUGGCACAAACAAAGUAUACAAGGCAGAGCUCGUGCUGCUCGCGAUGGGUUUCCUCGGCCCGGAGAGAUACGUGGCUAACCAGCUCGAAUUACCGCUAGACGCCCGAAGCAAUGUAGAGACGGCGAAAGACAACAUCUACAAAACACCAGCAAACAACGUCUUUGCGGCUGGUGAUUGUCGUCGCGGACAGUCGCUCGUUGUAUGGGCGAUAUCUGAGGGAAGACAAGCGGCGAGGGCCGUUGACGUCUUUCUACAAGGUCAUUCCUAUCUGCCAGGCCCUGGAGGAGUAGUUCACGACCAUUGA